AAACCGUUCUAACAGUGUUGAGUCAGUGCACGAGAGUUUUUUUUUAUCGGUAAACACAAUUUUGGUUAGCAAAUGUUGUGUAGUGAAGUGUUCCAAACGUGUCGAUAGAAAUGUUGGGACGAGUUUUUACCGUCUUCCGGCUGUAGUUACAGUGAAUAAUAGAAAAUACCAGAAGCCGAUUGAAGGAUCCACUGGCCUGACCGUGGAUAAAGCUUGUGCUCUUUCUGUGGAAAGACGAAACGCCUAGUUAAGGGCUUUAAAACGAGGAGAUUUAACUGAGAAACAGAAAAAAAUAUUCAGAUUUUGUUCAAACCACUUUAUCAGCGAAACACAAAUUAUAUCUUUUUCAGCUGAUUUGAAGUUUUGAGACGAAAAUUUUAACCAUGGACCGACCUAUAUCUGCGGAUAUUGUAAUAAUCACCGGAAAUUCUUAUCCUGAAUUAGCUAAUUUGAUUGCUGAGCGUCUAGGAGUAAAAAGUGGAGGUUGUGCCGUAUAUUACAAAACUAAUCGGGAGACCAUGGUGGAAAUUGGUGAUUCCGUUCGAGGCAAAGACAUAUAUAUAAUACAAACUGGAACCAAGGAUGUAAACAAUAACAUAAUGGAAUUACUCAUCAUGGCCUACGCCUGCAAAACUUCUUCAGCAAAAAGUAUAGUUGGUGUAAUUCCAUACUUACCAUAUUCAAAGCAGUGUAAAAUGCGUAAACGUGGCUGCAUAGUAUCAAAGCUCCUCGCAAAAAUGAUGUGCAAAAGUGGAUUGACUCAUAUCAUCACCAUGGAUCUGCAUCAGAAAGAGAUCCAAGGAUUUUUCGAUUGCCCUGUUGACAACUUGAGAGCUAGUCCAUUCUUAUUACAGUAUAUUCAAGAGUCGAUCCCAGAUUAUCGUAACUCCGUAAUAGUAGCUAGAAAUCCAGGAAGUGCGAAAAAGGCAACAAGUUAUGCAGAGCGUUUACGUCUCGGUAUUGCCGUCAUACACGGUGAGCAGCGUGAAGCAGAAUUAGACAUGAAUGACGGCCGUAAUUCCCCACCUGCUAUGCUAUCACUGAGAACAAUGGAAGUGGGCGUAGGUGUACCGGUGCACCCAGCCAAAGAGAAACCUCCAAUAAACGUAGUUGGCGACGUUGGCGGAAAAAUUGCAAUCAUGGUUGACGAUAUGGUUGAUGAUGUACAGUCGUUUGUGGCUGCCGCUGAGGUACUGAAAGAAAGAGGAGCUUAUAAAAUCUAUGUUUUAGCUACACAUGGACUUCUUAGUUCAGAUGCUCCUAGGCUGAUUGAAGAAUCUCCAAUUGAUGAGGUUGUUGUGACCAAUACAAUUCCUCAUGAGCUACAAAAGAUGCAGUGCAAUAAAAUCAGAACGGUUGACAUUAGUAUUCUGCUGGCAGAGGCUAUUCGACGUAUACACAAUAAGGAAUCAAUGUCUUAUCUCUUUAAAAAUGUUACUCUGGAGGAUUAAAGUAUAUAUGAUAUCACUAAACUGCACGAAUUCCACUGUCUAAAAAAAACACUACUUUUGAUUACUUAUUUUCGCAAUGCAAACAAAAAUGAAAAUUGAUUAAAAAUGAAAUUAGGAAACAAAAAUGAUAUUGUAAAUAAUUACGCUUUAUUUGCAGUACUACGCUCACUUAUAUAAUAUCCAUAUGCAAAUGAAUAUUUAGUUGAUCAUGACAGAGAUAGCACCGAAAAGGAAGUAAUAAAUUACUGUAAAAAGGAAUCAAUGAAAAAUGCAUACGAUAAUACCAUAGUACCAAUUUGAACAUUGAAAUUAGACACACAAUGAGUUUGCAAAUAUAUGACACGUGUAAAUAAGAAUAUUUGUAAUUUCUGUUUGAUGCAGAAGAUCGAUUUUUCUUCUAAUCAGUAAACAUUCUUUUGUAAAAGUUAAAUUUUAAA